AUGGCAAGAGCGUUGGUGAAAUACAUCCCCAUCAUUUCCUCACAAGACUUUUUGUUUUCUCCUCUUCUCCCCUCUCUCCAUGUAAAAUCCACCACAAAACUCAAGAAAAUCACAACAGUACAACCUCAGCAUCCCAAAAAGAAGAAGGCCCGUCAGCGCGAGGGAGCGUCCUCGUCGGCUGGCCAGCCUAAUUGCGGCAUGGUCAAGGAUGGUUGGGCCGAUAGGCCCACUUUCCAGCAGUCAUACGGGUUGGACAUGUCGCCCGGCAUCGAGGAGGGAGGCUCACACGAUUCUAGUUGGGUUCCGCCGAAUCGAUGGCAGCAGCAGCAGCAGCAGCAGGAUUGA